AUGGGUUGCUGUCUUUCCCGAGACGGCGGUCCUAACUCGCCAUAUCCAGGUGGCGCCGCCACUGGCUCCGGUCGAGCCAUCAACGAGGCUACCCAAACAGCCGGCGCAUCCAGCUCGCAAACUGGAAUCGACGAAUCUCUCCCGUCGAGCUCUCAACGCCGUCGGAGGCAAUCCCACCAACCGCUGAACCAGCACAUCAACAAACCCCUGCGACGGCACAAAUGGGCCAGCCGCGACCGGCAAUGGACCGAGGCGGCCCUACGGAGGGAGAGGAUUGAGUUCUUCGACACGCGGGUUACCGGCAGAGAGGAGAUAUGGCAAACUCUGCGUGCGGCUCUUGAGGUGCUUUGGGCUGCGGACGAGGCGGCGCGGAACAGCCAGCACCAGCGAGUGAGCGAGGAUGGAGGCCCAAGCGAAGAGGACCCGGUUGUAGCUCUGGCGACCGCGCAAAGCAUCAUCGAUGCAGCCGACAUUACGCUUCCUACCGGGGAUUUGUACAACGGCGCAUACGAUGCGUUUGGGAAUUAUUACCAGCUGCCGCACCAGGUCGUGGCAGAUCCCUCCAAUCUGCUAUGGAGCCCCAAUUCGACCGAGGGACUGGGUGACGCUAAAACCGACUUGGCAGCCGGCGAGGAGACAGAGCGAGAAUAUGGCGACGAUGAUGACGAAGUUGAGCGACGGCGGGAGGAGAAAGGCAAGGCUGUUGUGGAUAUCAGACAUCAAAUCACUAUCAGGGCAAGACUCAGUGACGGGUCUCGGGAUGUUAGCGUUGUGGUAAACGAGGGAGAUACCGUCCGGCGUAUUGCCCGGGCUAUUGCAGAGAAGGCCAAGAACCGCUGGUCACCAUUGCUGGACGACCAGCCUCUUGAAUCCUUCUUAGCAAUCGAAGAGGCCGACUCCUUUCACGUCGGCGGCUCAGCCAGCUCCAGUUCAACGGAAUCUACACCCCUCUUAUCCGAGCCCCGCACCAGGAGACGGGACCGGCUGGCUUCGGCCCUGCGAAAUCUUGGGCUUGUCGCCGCCCCCGGCUUCCGCUAUGGGAUCCUCGACGGGGAUAUGCAUGGCUCCCUCCCGCGGGAGGAGACCAAAGAAAACCGUUUCUCGCGGUUCGUUACCACCUUCGAAACACGCCGUGCUUCCAGGCUACAUCGCGGCUACCGGCAGCAGAUGGGUGAUCGACAGCAACAAACGGACCAUCAAGACCACGACUCGGUCGCUUACAAUGCCCGCGUUGCUUGGUUAAUCGCAGCCAUGGUCAUCUGA